AUGCAAGGUUUUAACAGGACCACGACGGUGACUCAGUUCAUCCUGGUGGGUUUCUCCAGCCUAAAGGAGCUCCAGCUACUGCUCUUUGUCAUCUUCCUGCUGCUGUACUUGACGAUCUUGUUGGCCAAUGCAACCAUCAUGGCUGUCAUCCGCUUCAGCCACACUCUGCACACGCCUAUGUAUGGUUUUCUAUUCAUCCUUUCAUUUUCUGAAUCCUGCUAUACUUUUGUCAUCAUCCCACAACUGCUGAUCCACCUACUGUCGGCAACCAAAACCAUCUCCUUUGUAGCCUGUGCAACACAGCUGUUCUUCUUCCUCGGUUUUGCCUGCACCAACUGCUUCCUCAUUGCUGUGAUGGGAUAUGACCGCUAUGUAGCCAUCUGUCACCCCCUGAGAUACACACUCAUUAUGAACAAAAGACUAGGAUUGGGCUUGAUUUCUCUAUCAGGAGCCACAGGUUUCUUUAUUGCGUUGGUGGCCACCAAUCUCAUCUGUGACAUGCCUUUCUGUGGACCCAACAGGGUGAAUCACUAUUUCUGCGACAUGGCACCUGUUAUCAAAUUAGCCUGUACUGAUACACACGUAAAAGAGUUGGCUCUGUUCAGCCUCAGCAUCCUGGUAAUCAUGGUGCCUUUUCUCUUAAUUCUCAUAUCUUAUGGGUUCAUAGUUAACACCAUCCUGAAGAUUCCUUCAGCUGAGGGCAAGAGAAAGGCUUUUGCUACCUGUGCCUCACACCUCACUGUGGUCUUUGUCCAUUAUGGCUGUGCCUCCAUCAUCUACCUUCGACCGAAGUCCAAGUCUGCCUCAAAUAAGGAUCAGCUGGUGGCAGUGACCUACACAGUUGUUACGCCCCUACUUAAUCCUCUCGUCUACAGUCUGAGGAACCAGGAGGUUAAAACUGCACUGAAAAAAGUAAUUGGAAUGACUGAGACAGCCAAGUUCAGGUAA